UGGGACUCCAGGAUUAUGUCCUGGGCCGAAGGCAGGCGCCCAACCACUGAGCCACCCAGUACCACACCCAUACUGAACACCCACAUGGAACAACAGAGGGGGCUCCUGUUAUUAUUUCUGGGGGUACAGCUGCUGCUUAUGGGGGCAUUCCUCUACCAGAACCGCCACCGCCACAGCUUCACCUCCUUCUUGCGCGUCCUGAUACAGGACAGGCCAACGGUGGGAGAAGAGUUGCCCUUUCUGGUCUCGGUCUCUGCUGCGCAGACCUCUUCCCAGGACGUGUACACCAACCUCAGCCAGAUCCACCCUGUGGGCGUUAGUGAGGAGGACCUGCCUAGCUGCCCCCUCAUCUCACCUUACAUCAAUGGCCCCUUGAAGGUGAUGAUCCCAGAGAACUUGACAAUGGAGCAGGUGGUGGAAAAGAACCCGCUGGUGGAGCUGGGGGGCCAGUACCGGCCACCUGACUGCUGGACACGUCACCACACAGCAGUAGUGGUGCCCUACUAUGGGCAAGUCCAACAUCUGCAGCACCUGCUCUUCCAUCUGCACCCCUUCCUACAGCGCCAGCAACUGCACUAUGCCAUCUACGUGGUGAACCAGGUACACACCACUGCCUUCAACCGGGGCAAGCUACGCAAUGUGGGGUUCUGGGAGGCCAUGCAGGAGGAGGAAUGGGACUGUGUCUUCUUCCAUGAUGUGAACCUCCUCCCAGAGGAUGACCGCAACCUCUACAUCUGUGACAUCUUCCCAGCCCAUGUGUCUGUGGCCAUUGACAAGUUCAACUACAAGCUACCCUACCACGGCUACCUUGGGGGCGUGUUUGCUCUGCGCCCCACUCACUACCUGAGGAUAAACGGCUUCCCCAACUCGUACUGGUACUGGGAUCAUGAGGACCAUGACAUCGCUGCUAGGCUGCAACUGAGCGGGAUGCUACUCUCACGACCCCAUCUGCUCUUUGGCCGCUACCACAUGCUAGAGGGGCAGGACCCCAGCCACCAGCAAAGCCCCCAGAGGCACUGCUGGCAUCGUCCUGUGAGGAUGGUUGAACAGUGUUCACCCAACAGAAUACCAUGCAACCAGAUGCAGCACGAAAAGAACAAGAAGUUCUCUCCUGGAUGAAUAUGCUUGCAGCCAGCACUGGAAGAGCUAUGGGUGAAGAGAUGGCCAGGGCCAACAAGCUCAUUGAGGUGUUUUGUGCUGUCACUUUGAUUCUGAUGAUUUACUUCUAGGUUAGGCUUCAAACUUUUUGCAAAUGAGCAAUGUUUAUGAGAUCUUUUUUGUGAAGAAACAAGGUAGGGCUUCAAAUGAAUGAUUUUUCUGGGGUUCUUACAUUCACAGUCUCUCCCUGUAUCCAGUGUUUUCCUGUUGAGGAAAGCCCCAUGCUGUGCAGGAUUAUUUUGCUUCUGCUGAUUCCUCACUGCACGGCUGGCAUCUUCCCGCAGGUCUUCUGAAAUGCAACACCAGGAACUGUCUCUUAUGACUUCAUUGUGAAAUAAAAAUUUUUCAAACAUUUUGUGUUGGGAAGUUUUAAGCCCAAAUGCCCUUUCUAGAAAGAGAAAAAGAAGAUGAAAGAGACACAAGUUAGCAGAGGAUGAAGGAGAAUAGGAGCAGACUGAGGCUGAACACAAAUUGUUGUGUCAUGAUAAAAACGAUGGCAGUGAUGAUGGCAAUGAUGAGAGGAAAGAGCCGCCCUGCCUUAGUUACUUGUCACCUGUCUGCAUACAGCACAGAGCAUGUGCCAGUGUUCUACACAGUGCACAUGGAAAAUCAUUUAAAUCCCCACUAACCCUGCAGGAGGUAACUGUGCUUACUCUACCUGUUUCACAGAUGAAUAGGAGGCACAAAAUAGCUAAGUAAUUGACCAAGAUCAUCCCACAGAACUCUGGGGAAAAUGAGAUUAGAACACAGGCAAGGUGGCUCCACUUAUGCAAACACAUGGUCUAGAUCCUGUAGAUACACAUGCCUAUAGGACGAUGACAGAAAAUACAGACAGGUGUGACAGGGCACCAUCUGGGAACAGCCAAGGCUCGAAGGAGGGACUCAGAGGAUAGCUCUUCAUUAGCUUUCAGAUCUAAAUUGUCACUAACCUCCCAGUUUCCUCUCCCAAAUCCAUCUGUCCUAUAAAUCCUCUGGAAAAGUAAGAAAGCACCAACCCUGACAUGGCCAAGCAGUGAAAGUGAACCUAUGCCCAAACUCAACUCUCCAGGAAGCUGAAAUUUGUCUGCUUGAAUAUAGAUAUAAACUUACAGCCUGGUUCUCACAGCCAUUGCAGUACACUGAGCUCCAUAGAGAUAGCACUGGGGCAAGUGAGAGCCAGAUGGGCACUGGGCGACACUGCCUCGCUAAGGAAAAUCAUUAAACAUGAGCAAACAAAGAAAAAAAAUAAGCAUGAGCAAAAAAAAAAAUAAAUAAAUAAACAAACAAACAUGAGCAAAGGAGAUCCUAAGAAGCCGAGAGGCAAAAUGUCAUGAUAUGCAUUCUUUGUGCAAACUUGCUGAGAGGAGCACAAGAAGAAGCACCUGGAUGCUUCAGUCAACUUCUCAGAGUUUUCUAAGUGCUCAGAAAGGUUGAAGACCACAUCUGCUAAAGAGAAAGGAAAAUUUGAAGACAUGGCUAAGGUGGACAAGGCCCGUUAUGAAAGAGAAAUGAAAACUUAUAUCCCCCCUAAAGGGGAAACAAAAAAGAAGCUCAAGGAUCCCAAUGUACCCAAGAGGCCUCCCUCGGCCUUUUUCUUGUUUUGUUCUGAGUAUCGCCCAAGAAUCAAAGGACAGCAUCCCGGCCUAUCCAUUGGUGACGUUGCAAAGAAACUGGGGGAAGAUGUGGAAUAACACUGAUGCAGAUGACAAGCAGCCUUAUGAAAAGAAGGCUGCUAAGCUGAAGGAAAAAUAUGAAAAGGAUAUUGCUGCAUACCAAGCUAAAGGAAAGCCUGAUGUGGCAAAAAAAGGGAGUUGUCAAGGCUGAAAAGAGCAAGAAAAAGAAGGACCACGAGAAAGAUGAAGAGGAUGAGGAGGAAGAAGAUUAAGAAGAUGAUGAAGAAUAAGAUGGUUCUAGUGCAGUUUUUUCUUGUCUAUAAAGCAUUUAACCCCCCUGUACAUGACUCACUCCUUUUAAAGAAAAAAAUGGAAAUGUAAGGCUGUGUAGGAUUUGUUUUUAAAUUGUACCGUGUCUUUUUUUGUAUAGUUAACACACUACCGAAUGUGUCUUUAGAUAGCUCUGUCCUUGUGGCAUUUUCAGUAGCCACUAACCUUGCCAGGUACAGUAUGGGGGUUGUAAAUUGGCAUGGAAAUUUAAAGCAGGUUCUUGUUGGUGCACAGCACAAAUUAGUUAUAUAUGGGGAUGGUAGUUUUUCAUCUUCAGUUGUCUCUGAUGCAGCUUCUAUGAAAUAAGUGUUAUUCUGUUAACUGAAUACCACUCUGUAAUUGCAAAAAAAAAAAAAAAAAAA